UGUGUUUCAGAUGAAAAAAAAGAUAUUGACCAUGAGACGGUGGUUGAAGAACAGAUUAUUGGAGAGAACUCACCUCCUGAUUACUCAGAGUAUAUGACAGGAAAGAAACUCCCCCCUGGAGGGAUACCUGGCAUUGACCUCUCAGAUCCCAAACAACUAGCAGAAUUUGCUAGAAUGAAGCCAAGAAAAAUUAAAGAAGAUGAUGCUCCAAGAACAAUAGCUUGCCCUCAUAAAGGCUGCACAAAGAUGUUCAGGGAUAACUCUGCCAUGAGAAAACAUCUGCACACCCACGGCCCCAGAGUCCACGUCUGUGCAGAAUGUGGCAAAGCUUUUGUUGAGAGCUCAAAACUAAAGCGACAUCAGCUGGUUCAUACUGGAGAGAAGCCCUUUCAGUGCACGUUCGAAGGCUGCGGGAAACGCUUUUCACUGGACUUCAAUUUGCGCACACAUGUGCGAAUCCAUACCGGAGACAGGCCCUAUGUGUGCCCCUUCGACGGUUGUAAUAAGAAGUUUGCUCAGUCGACUAACCUGAAAUCUCACAUCUUAACACAUGCUAAGGCCAAAAACAACCAGUGAGAAGAAGAGAGAAGACCCUUCUCCGCCUUGGGAAGCCUCUUCCAGGAGUAUGAUUGGGAAUAAAUAUGCCUCUCCUUUGUAUAUUGUUUCUAGGAAAGAAUUUUAAAAAUGAAUCCUACAUACCCAAGGGACAUGUUUUGAUAAAGUAGUAAAAAUUAAAAAAAAACUUUAAUAAGAUGACAUUGCUAAGAUGCUCUAUCUUGCUCUGUAAUCUCGUUUCAAAAACACGGUGUUUUUGUAAAGUGUGGUCCCAGCAGGAGGACAAUUCAUGAACUUCGCAUCAAAAGACAAUUCUUUAUACAACAGUGCUAAAAAUGGGACUUCUUUUCACAUUCUUAUAAAUAUGAAGCUCACCUGUUGCUUACAAUUUUUUUAAUUUUGUAUUUUCCAAGUGUGCAUAUUGUACACUUUUUGGGGAUAUGCUUAGUAAUGCAAUGUGUGAUUUUUCUGGAGGUUGAUAACUUUGCUUGCAGUAGAUUUUCUUUAAAAGAAUGGGCAGUUACAUGCAUACUUCAAAAGUAUUUUCCUGUAAAAAAAAGUUAUAUAGGUUUUGUUUGCUAUCUUAAUUUUGGUUGUAUUCUUUGAUGUUAACACAUUUUGUAUAAUUGUAUCGUAUAGCUGUAUUGAAUCAUGUAGUAUCAAAUAUUAGAUGUGAUUUAAUAGUGUUAAUCAAUUUAAACCCAUUUUAGUCACUUUUUUUUUUCCGAAAAAUACUGCCAGAUGCUGAUGUUCAGUGUAAUUUCUUUGCCUGUUCAGUUACAGAACGUGGUGCUCAGUCGUAGAAUGUAUUGUACCUUUUACCACCUGAUGUGUACAUCCCGUGUAACAGAAAGGGCAACAAUAAAAUAGCAGUCCUACAGAAAGAAUAUGGCAGAAGAAGAUCUGUAAGCACAGUCUUAUUUCCUUUUGUUGUCCAGAAUAAUUAUAAUUCUUGAGCCUCCCAGAAAUUGGAAGCUAAAUAAAGCAACUCAAGUUUCCUUUAUUUUGCACUCAAUUACAGUGACUUGUGAUUAAAGCGAUGAUGCAUGGAUAUUUUAAUACUUCCUAUGUGUAUUGAGUUCUGAAAGAGAGUAGGAAACAGGCAUCCCGAGUUAAGGAACUACCUCAGAGUACCCCAAACCGGGCCCAUCGGAGAUAGGAUUUUGAUUUUAGCUCCCCCAGCAAACAUGUGAGUGAAGCAGUUGUGCCCUGGCCUGUGUGUGUUCUCAAGGUAAGGUGUUAACUGGCAGGCGUGCGAGCAAAGGGGAGCCCAGGCCUUUCUGUGGCUCGGGCUGCCUUCAAGGCAGCUCCCUCAGGUCCUGGCUUGUCUAACAGGAUACGCUUAUGGUUAUUGGCUAUUUAGUUUGAGAGCCUUGGUUCCUCCGUCUAGUGGAAUCUUUAAAUGCUAGCACAUUGCAGCAAUUGGGCGCCAGUAGCUUGCUUUUGUGCUUCUAAGUGGAUACUGAGUGCAGAUUGGCAAGGUGAUUAGGUUAUAAAGAAAAUUGUACUCAGUGAGUACUUUACCUCUCACAUCGUGACCUCUUAAAUGUACGAUUAUAAUUUUUGGAUUUUACUUAGAGUCAAAUAACAGACUCGUGACUAUUUUAUAAGCUGCCAUGAUACAGCAAAAUCCCAUUUAUUCAAAACGCAGACAUACUGUGUGUCUUUGUGCUGUAUGCUUGACUUUGCAAAGUAAUUGACAAACUAGCUAAUAUCAGAGAUUCAUUUAUAAGAUGUCCAGGACACUGUCAGGUCAAAAAGCCCUAUCUCUUACAGCUUCUCCAUCGGUCCUGUGCAGGAGGAUUGGUGACCUAAUAACAGUGACCCUGUGGCUCUCCGGAAUUUUGAAGUGCCUUCUGAAUCAUAAAUGAAAAUUUUAGCUUGAGACACUUUUUGUUUUAUUUGUUCAGAAUCUGUUAUCCAUUGAGUAGUUUGAUGGAACUGAGUUAAAUCAGAAGACCCCAGGUGUUGUCUGGAUAAGCCAGACUUUGCUGUAUCUGGUAGUCAGGAGAGAGGUAAGCCCACGGUGGAGGUCCCCUUCAGAGUGGAGUGCCCUAGUGCGGAUGUGUGGUUCUUUGACUAGACCUGGGGCAGAGGCCUCCACUGAUGCCUGUGGUGUGAGUGCCCACCCUUCCCGCCCCACCAUCAGGUGAGCAGUCCCUCAGUGGCUGUAUUACUAGUCUGGGCCGCAUCACCCUGGCCCAGCGCUGUGCUGCCCUGGAGCCUGGCCCUGGCGCUGUCCUCAGGACCACUGCCCAGGACCCACAGCAAUCAGAUUUAUGCCAUGGGAAGGUCUCCCUGGCAGCCUGGAGAGCCAUGCCGUGACCAACAGAAGCCAGGCUCCUGAGUGGGAGGGAGGUCCCUCUGUGCCUUGACCCUAGGGGGACGCCUUUGGUCAUCUCUUCUGUCCCCUCCUGUCUCUGAGUGCAAUAGUCAUCACUCCCCUUGACUCUCCCUCUGUUCACGUGUCUUCUCUCAAUCUGCAGAGUUGAUUUCUGAAAGGAAUUUAAUUGGUGUCUGAAGAAAAUUUCAUGUCAAGUUCCUCGCUGAUACAGCACUCUCAGCUCACAGCAGUAGUGUAGGAGGCUGACAAGUGAGCGACAGCUUAGAGUAGAGGUAGUUCUCGUUGGGUGUAACUUAAACCCAUUUUUUGCUUGUGGUUAGAAUUUAUAAUUUUGCUAAAGAAGUAAUUCACUAAAAUUUAAAAUGGUGUUCUAACAGUGAGUCAAUUGUCUUGAGGAUUAAUCUGAUUUAUAAGUAAUACUGAUAGACAUAUUUUCUUACAUCUGAGCUGAAAUAAAUGCAUGUUUCUAGCAUAUGUAAUAUAAAAACUCCAGAGGAUAAGUUUACAUUUAAUGAGAUGUUGUUUUCUAUUUUUGGAUUUAUUAUUUUUCCCCCUUUUGGUAGUUGGGGGCUUAGGGGGAAGCAUAAUAUUUGUACAAAGAACUGUCACUCCAGAGUGACAUUUAUUUUCCAGGUGACAUUGAACUCACUGUUGGUUUCAUAUGGUGUUUGUGUGUGCUCUGCCUAGAUUCAAGGCCUGAGGAUUUGAGGAAAAUCAAGAUGUUUUCCCCCUAUUUGGUUUUCAUGUACAUUCUUAAAUGUCAGUUGCUUUGCUGAAUUUGAGUAAAGUAAGACCCUUUGAAUAGCCAAGCCAAGUUCUAGUUCAUUUCUUCCCAAAUAGAUGAAAGUCCUUCAUUCAGCAAGAAGCCUGAAGAGACAGGCGGUUCUGCCUAGCAGUUGCCGGGGUGCGUUAAGCGGGCGGAACUCCCCUGCUGUACUGUAUCCCAGGGUCUGUGUCUGUGGCACAGGAAGACCUGGCCCUCCAAACGCUGAGUUGGAAAUCUGGUACUCCACCCGCCACUGCAGACAGAAAAUGGAUCACUUCCUGUGUCUUGACUCCUGAUUUGGGAUAAACAUGGCUUAGGAAGGCCAUGUUAUUAGUCCCUAAUUCCUAUUUUCUUGACAUCUGACCGCCAGUCCCAGAGUUCAGAACAGUGGUGAGGGCUAUGGCGGCUCCCAGGCAUCCAGGCUUCCUGCCGGAUGGCUGUCAAUCCCUGACCUCCCAGGGCCCUUGUCUGAAUUGAGAGCCCUCUGUCCUGGCCCCUGUUGGCGCCAGUGCAAGUGCAGUGCCUUUCAGCUCAGGCCCAGCAGGUUCCAGUAGGGGCCUUCCACCCAAACUUUUACCCCAAAACAGAGGAAGAGGCCCAGGCCCAAACUGCUUCUUCAGAGCUCCGUCAUGCAUUCCAUGGUCUGCUCUUCCACUUCAUGGAAGGUCCUCGGUGCCGAGGGCAGGAGUGUCAGCCUGAAUGACUUCUCCCAACUUAACUGACCUUGAUGGGCUUUGAUUGUUCUGCCCAGAUUGUGCUGAGGCUCCCUGGUUGCCUGAAGGCAGUGUGAGCGUGGGACCUUGGCGAGUGGGCAUGCAUGUGGCAAAAGACCCUGGGUGUCCUCCCCAGGCCUGAGUGGUCUGCAGGGUGCCCGAGAGGAUGGUCUUUGAAGCUGGGGCUGGAUUGAGACUUGAUGGGAGGGGAAGGUGGCAUGCUGUUGACACACUUCAUCCUUAUCUGCUCCCCUUAAAAAAAGUGGGGAAAUGUUGCCAGCAUUCUGGGAGUCUGCAGAGGAGGGUGAGUGUGGUGGCAUCACGUUCAUCUAAAGCAUGAUGAUUGCUUUUCCACAGAGUGGCAAGUUUGAUCAAACUGCUUUUCAUUAAAGACACUCAGAUGCCAUAAGAAACAGCAUUGCGGUGUCACAAGGAGGGGCCAGUUGCUGUGCUGUGUUCUGUUCGCUGCUCUAUCUGGGGGCCACGUAAUGUCAGCAUACAUCACAGAAUGGGACAGGGCAUCCGUACCAGACAAUAACCUUUUUCCUACAACAUCCAUAAUUGGUAUGAGGCUCUAUUAUCUACGGAUGGUGAUUGGUCAAACUAUAUUCAUAGAACAAUUCUGGUUUUAUUCACUUUCUGGUAACUUCUGUAGGCCCUGGCUCAAGGACUUAGCAUUGCGGUUCAUGUACAUCCUUUUCUUCAAUGUUCUUUGCCAUUUCUGGAAUUGUCCUUGGUUUUUCCUUAGCUCAUAGGUCAUAGAUGCAGAAAUAUUAUAGUAUUUAAGGCAUUCGCAUCAAGCAUCAGAUGGCUUUGCAUCCAGAAAAACAUUUAACAAUAACUCAGUUUGAAGCACCAAGCAUGUGUAACAUGGCUCUAUAAAAUAUAAUAAACGCAUAAUGUUGUUAAGCUUU